UCUGUGCAGGCAAAUAACAUGAAGUCUCCUGUCCCUGCAUUAAUCUUUGUACUGGUUACAUUUGUGCAUUUCAACUCAGCCUCCUCAGAAUGGACUGGAGAUUUAAACGGAAAACUCGCUUUUUGGGACACAGGCGUCAACCUGGAGGGUGACGAUCAGACGCCAUGUUUUCAUUUUUGCGCCACGGACGGAGACUGUCCUGAUCCGUUGAGGUGCACUGUGAGCGGGUGUGGGCAUAUAUGCACAGACCCAAACCAAGACAAAUUAUGGGAUUUUGAUUUCAAUAUAAAAAAUAACUCGACGGAGCCGUGCGUCGAUAGCUGCAUGACUGACGACGACUGCCCGGACAACAUGAACUGCCUCAUGAGCGGAUGUGGACGCAUGUGCUUGGACGCAAGCCAGAAUUUUCCUUUCCCUAUUGAAAUGACUGGACUUUGUGGUUCAGCCUCUAACCUGGGAAUCAAUACACUGAUGCCGUGCAUUAAUCUGUGCUACGACGAUGAUGACUGCCCCGAAAGCAAGACGUGCGCCAUCCAGGGAUGUGGACGGAUGUGUAUGGACCCAACCACUGAAGGAACUGGACUGUGGGAUCUGGAUUCCGAUCUGGGAAAAGACCCGUUGGAUUCCAUUGGUUCAGAUUUGACCUCGGGAAUGGGACUCAAUCCGUGGGAUUUGGACCCUACUCUGGGAAAAGACCCGUUGGAUUCCAUUGGUUCAGAUUUCACCUCGGGAAGCGGACUCAAUCCGUGGGAUUUGGACCCUACUCUGGGAAAAGACCCAUUGGAUUCCAUUGGUUCAGAUUUGACCCCGGGAAUCGGACUCAAUCCAUGGGAUUUGGACCCCACUCUGGGAAAAGACCCAUUGGAUUCCAUUGGUUCAGAUUUGACCCCGGGAAUCGGACUCAAUCCGUGGGAUUUGGACUCCACUCUGGGAAAAGACCCGUUGGAUUCCAUUGGUUCAGAUUUGACCCUGGGAAUCGGACUCAAUCCGUGGAAUUUGGACCCCACUCUGGGAAAAGACCCAUUGGAUUCCAUUGGUUCAGAUUUGACCUCGGGAAUCGAUGAUGUAUUGCCUUUGCCUUUAGAAGCCCCUAAACUGUGUGGCUCAGAUUGCAAUCCGGGAAUGGACCCAUUGAUACCAUGUCUUAAUUCGUGCUCCAGCGAUGACGACUGCCCCAACAGCAUGAAGUGCUCCGUCCAGGGAUGUGGACGGACGUGCACUGCGUCAACUGACGGAGAGCCUCCUCUGGGGGAUUUGGACUCCACACCGGACAGUGAACCCUGGAACCCCUGUGUUGAUCUGUGCUCUAAUGACGACCAGUGUCCCGAAAACAUGAAGUGUGUGAAGAAGGGAUGUGAACGGCGGUGCGUGGCCUCAAACCAAGAUAAGAGUGAUGAGUGGUCUUGGAAAUUUGACGAAGGAGAAAAUCCUGAAGGAUGGGAGUGGAGCUCCGACGAGGAAACUGGUUUCAAGGAGUCAGACAUCGAGAAGCUGUGGGUUUGGGAUGAGGAUAAGGACAGUGACAGUUCCACUGCAGACCUUUUCAAAAAGCUUGCGCAGUUAAGGAACAAUUUGGAAGAUUUGGAGGGAAGUGCCACUUCAGGAUUUCUAGACAGAGGCCUGUUCGACUUUGACUCAGAGGGAAGUGGCGAAGACAGAAAUGGUGAUUUGGAAGAGGGGAGCGGCGAUUUACUGACAAGAAUGGACGAGCUGUGUGAACAGGAUACCCCAAAGAAAAGUGACUUCAAGUUUCCAGACAUCAAGGAUCUGUAUGAACUGGAUUCUGAGGAGAAAAGUGACAUUAGCGUUCCAGACGUAGACAAGCUGCUGGGACUGAUUUCAGACAAAGGAAGUGAGGAGAGUAGUACAAACUUUUUCGGCAAGCUGUGGAAAUGGGGUUCAGACUACGGAAGUGGCUUUACCAGUUUCAACCCUCUCAGCAAGUUGUGGAAAUGGGUUUCCAGGAAGAAAAGCGACAUUAGCGUUCCAGACAUAGAUGAAGGAAGUGAGGAGAUUAGCACAAACUUUCUCGGCAAGCUGUGGAACUGGGGUUCAGACUACGGAAGUAGCUUUACCAGUUCAAACCCUCUCAGCAAUUUGUGGCAAUGGGGUUCAGAGACGGAAAGUGACAGUACAAGUCUUGACAUUCCAGUUCCAGAUGAGUCUGAACCGUGGGAACAGGAUGCUGACAGCAAACUUUUGCCUUUGGACUCGUGUGUUGAAAAUUGCGUUGAUGACGACGACUGCCCCGACAACCAGGAGUGCACCAGCACCGGGUGUGGACGCGUGUGCACGGUGUCAUUCAAAGAUAAAUUUGAACUGUGGGAUGUGGAUGCUGAUACCAAAGGUUUGCCUUCGAACCCAUGCACUGAUAAAUGCAAGAAGGACAAAGACUGUCCCGAAAACCAGGUGUGCACCAACAUAGGAUGUGGACGUGUGUGCGUCGCAUCAGACAAAGGCAAAUUCGAAAUGUGGCACUGGGAUUCCGAUAGCCAACUUUUGCCUGUGGACCCGUGCCUAGAUAAAUGUGAUAAAAACGGUGACUGCCCCGAAAACCAGGAGUGCACCAAAACAAUAUGCGGACGUGUGUGCACAGCGCCAUCCAAAGGCAAAUUUGAACUGUGGGAUUUGGAUGCUGGCAGCAAAGCUUUGUCUGUGGACCCAUGCGCCGACGAAUGCAAUGUUGACAACGACUGCCCAGAAAACAAGGCAUGCACCAAAGUGGGAUGUGGACGUGUGUGUGUGGCAUCAGGCAAAGGAAAAGCAGGAGAGUGCCCCCCUCCUCAUUGGGGCAGGGAUUUGAGCCAGUGUGCUCUCGUUUGCAUGGAUGACAGUGACUGCCCUGGAGUAAAGAAGUGCUGCACCAAGAAAUGUGGACGAACGUGCGUCACACCAUUCAAAGGACUUGCUGGGAAAAAAAGCCACACACACCAUAAGAAAAGGAAACAGAAGCCUUUCAAGGCGCACUCUUAUUCAUCAGUAAAGCCGGGACAGUGUCCGAAGCCUUCAGGCCCUGGCAUUUGCGUCAACUUCUGCUCGAAUGACAGCAACUGCCCCAAAACUGAAAAGUGCUGCAGCAACGGAUGUGGACAUGUGUGCAUGACACCCAGCUAAGCCAGGUGUCUGCAGGCUUUCCCAGGGCACUUCCCAACAACAGCUGCCACCAUGAUGGUCGUGUCCAGGAGAGAACACUUGAUGCACGAUAACGUUUGGAAAUGGAUGUGGAGGGAGGGGUUAAUAUAUCACUUUUUCCCCUUCUUCAUGGACUCUACAACAUAAUAGCAUCUGCUGUUUCUUUGCACAAAAUCCUUCUUCGUUAUGAUUACUUUCAUUCUUUCUAAGGUUAUAAAUUAUCUUCAUCUGGUAAACUUUGCUUUCAAUAUUUCUCUAUUUAACCUAACAAGUCCUUCAUACAUGAUAAUCUGGAAUCUGCUUCAACCUUGUUGUCAGUAUUGUGUGAUUGAACAACGAAUUCCUGCGACAGCAGUAACAGUCAGCACUGAAGGGUAAAGACAAUGUUGUAAGAUUUGAAAUGCAGUAUUGGUGUAAUUGAACUCAUAUCUGGAAACAUCGCUGGAAAGAGUGGAGAUGGCUCCAUCUGGUUUAUGUGUGAAGCAUUGAUAGAUCUCAUGUGAUUAAACCAAAUCAAUAUUUCUGAUUCAUGAAGUUUCACCAAAAUUGUUGCUGCUCAAUUCAUACAAACAUUCAUCCACUUGAAAAAUAAAAAAAGAAAUCCAUAUAAAUCUUUAAAAUUACUCAUGGAACAAAAGAAAAAAAAAUUAAAUAUUAAAAUGGGGGGGGGGGGGGGGGUGGAUGUUGCCCAAGGGCCACCGGUUGCCCAUGUUUGCUUUACGUUAGUCUACCUGUAUUUGCAUAAGGAGUGGGCCAUAUUUCAUAGAGCUGCAGAAGGGAUAAAAUAAUAACAUAGCUGGCACUUUUCUGUCGAUUCCGUGUAUGAAGUGAUAAAGUGAGGGCGAGAUGAACCUUAAUAUUAUACAGUACAUAUUUAAAGUGUUAACACCAAGAAACACAUCUAAAGUUGAAGUAAUGUUGGAAUUUUCAACGUGUGGUUUUUCACUAUAUUUUGAAAUGUGAAGGUGUUGAAGUGAUGAGAAAACAUUCUUACCUCUUUAUCUCUGACAAGGCAUAGAGUAUCAUUUUCAUAAGGAAAUUAAAUUAAAGCUUUUCCCUCUGGAACUAUGAAGUACUUUCUAUUCUUUUCUAUUCACUGUAAAUAAAAUACUUGCAUUCA